AUGAUGUAAACUGAUUUACUUCUACAAUCAUUUUUAUAGAGCGGAGGUAUUAUCAAGGAUAGCCCUGGGGACACUAACAGAGGACUAAAGACCCCACCUAGGAAAUAGAAGAUAUAACUCUAAUAAGAUGAAGCAUUACAACAUUUGAAAGAAGAAAGAAAUUAUAUGAAAUGGAGAGGGGCUUAAUAAUUUUUCUGCAAGGGGCGUCUAAUCACAGGGCCGAAAAUAUCUUAUCCAAUACUUUCAUUUUUACUGAUUAACAUUCCGAGUGGGUUAUCCAUCGCAUUUCCAUUAAGAGUAAUAUUCUAAGAAUUUAAUAAUUAUGUGAAGGAACUGUCCGAAUAUUAUAAUUACUCAAUUAUGGCAAUGGGGAUCUUACUCUAAGUUUUAUCUACAAUAUUUCUGAUACUCACAGCCUGUUCAGAACCGGGUAUCAUUCCUAGUAGGGUACAAUUAAAAUAUGAUGAAGUUAAAGUUUUGUUUGACAUGUAAAAUAUCUUAAAUAACUUAUAAAAGGUGAAAUAUACAGACCUCCAAGAGCAAUUCACUGUGAUGAUUGUAACUGUUGUAUUUAGAAACUAGAUCAUCAUUGUCCUUGGGUUGGAAACUGUAGAGCAAGAACAAACUGUAAGCUAUUAGACUUUAUAAUUAUAGAUAGGAAUGGCUGAAUCAUGGAGAUUAGCGAUGAAAGAAUCGCCCUACAUGGGAAUCCUUUCAAGUAAUUUGCUCUAUUUCAGUAUUUUAGGCGAGGAUAUCUUGAUCACAUAAAAGAAGUUUACACUCUCAAACAAAAAAAUCUACUUUGGAAUCCAAGAGGAAUUGUUGGAGCUUCAAAACUUAGAUCAAGAAAAGAUAUAUAUAGAACAGAAGGAACAUCAAGUCCAUUAGUGGGAUUAGAUUCUCAUUAAAAAAAGUACUAUCAAUCUUAUGAAUUUAAAUAGUGGACAUAGCCAUAAUAAUGGAUUCGCAGAAGUUAGCAACUUUGGAAACUUUGUUAACAGAUAAUUGAAUAAAGACCUCUAACUGGCUGAGGAUGAAAGUAAUAUGAUAGUAAAGCCAGGUGAAAUUCAUAUGAAUGAUGAUGAAAUGAAAAAUGUGAUGGAUCCAUCUUGUGUGACUGAUAAUGAUGAGAAGUUGCGUCGAAGUAGUCAUCGUACUGGAAUGGAAGACAAUAAUUCAAGAUCUUUUUAUUAUCCUGCUAUUCAAGUAAUUUUUAUAGUAAAAUAUUUAUAGAAAAUGGAGAUUUAUGAUAAUUCUCUUAUGAAUAAUUCGAAAAUGCUCCGACAAUCUGAAAAACUUGAGCAAAGAAAAUUUAUCAAUCAAAAUUAAAAGAAUAAAGAAAUGAAAAAUAAUGAUGAUUAAGAGUUAGUUAUAGAUAGUGAUGAUGAGGAUAGCGCCUAGAUAUUCGAGGAUACUCACAACUAGGAUGGCGUUUUGGAUGAAUCUAUUUGA